GUUUUUUGGGCUUCUGAGUCCCAUUAACUCUCGUUAUUGCAAUCCCCAUACUCUCGCUUCGGACCGCUUCUGAAAAACUGGUUGGGCCGCACCUCUGACGCACUUCCAUGUAGUAGAAUCCGGGCUUCUAUGAAUCACAAUCAAGGUAACAGAAGCUGGGCUGGUGAUUUGUCCGAGGUGGCAACUCCAAUUCAAGGUUUCACGGGAUGGUAUUUUUCUCUGGAAAGCUGUUGGGGAAUUUUUGCUUAUUCUACAAUCACAAAACACAAUCCACAAAAUGGGGUGUCUCAUUGGGCCAAAAGUUUGAGGCAAUCCAGUUGACAUACAGACUGUAAAACUUGAAUCUUCGAGUUACUACUAUUGAAGAAUACAGAAUUGUUCUGAAUGUAACAGGACUAUAAUAUAUACCUAAAGUGGCAGUUAAAAUUGUCGGAUUUAUCAACUGUCUUCCACCGCCAUUUUUUCCCCAUUUUAGACACGAAGUCUCGGAUA